AUGGACGUCGAGUUUCGCCUGCGCGAGCACGCGACCGAGCUGGACCGCGCGACGACGGAAAUCCGCGCGGCGUCCGAAUCCGCCGCGUCCGAGGCCUCGACGCGGAGCGACCGCGCCGUCGCGGCGCUUCGAGACGAGCACGCCGCGGCGUUGAAGGCGAGAGACGAAGCGCACGAGGCUGGCGCGCGCGCGGCGCUGAGGGACGCGGCGACGCGCCACGACCGCGCGAUGGCCGAGUCGUCGCGCGCGGCGCGCGAGAGGGAGAGAACCCUCCUCGCGGACGCGGACGCGCGGCGCGUCGCCGAGGCGGCGGCGGCGGCGUCGACGUACGAGUCUGCGCUCGCGCGCGCGACCGACGCGCACGCCGCGGAGCUGAAGCGCGUGAUCGCGACGCACGAAGAAGCGACGACGAUCGCGGUGAACGCGACGCGGGACAUGGCGGAGCGCGAGCGCGCGGAGCUCCACCGGAUCCUCGACGCGGAGAAGGCGAGGGAGGCGAAGAGCGCCGCGGCGGCGGCGGCGGCGGCGGCGGCGGCGGCGGCGGCGGCGAUGAGAGAGGCUGACGCGUCCCACGCGACCGAGCUGAAGACGCUGAGGUGCGUUCUAUACACUGGUCCCCAUACGACCCCGUUGGCGUGGUGA